UUUUUAGCUCUUUCAUGGAUCUUAGCUUGAAAUCUUUUUCUCUUCUUUGUGUGCUAUUAAAAUUCAACAGUAUUCAAAUUCCAACUCAAUUGACUGAUUUCAAUUCCUCAUUCAGUUUCUCUUUCCUCUACCAUUACCCCAACCCCAACCACCACAACUCUCUCUACUCCGCCUUGUCAGCGAUUCUCUCUCCUCUAAUACCGGCGGCUUCUCGCGAUCAUCAUCCGGCGAUUGUUAAGGUCGAAAACCUAUGUUUUUGAACAGUUUCCAGAACAAAUCUGUGAUGUUAUAAGCGAUUUGAGAUUAUAAAUUUCAUUCCAGUUUUCUGUUCGAUCUUAAAUGUUCGAUUUCCAGCAUCAAUUUAAGUUACUUUUCGAGGAAACAAAUUGAAUGAUUUUUCAACGAUUCCAAGAAUUUGAAGGUUUGUUUUGGACUAACUUCACUAUAUAUUAGGCUGCUGAGGUAUAAAGUUGAUAAAUGAUGAGAAUUUAUGAUGCAACAUGUGAGAUAUUGAAGAUUCAGAAAUUUCGACGGAUAGUCUCUUAUACUGGAUUUUAUUGUUUUGUAACAGUACUGAGUUAUGCUUAUAACAACAAUACCACAAGAGCCGGGAUCUCGAGAGGCGAUCAAUUCUAUGCAUCUUAUCCAGCAGGAACAGAAAUGCUAACAGACACAGCAAAGCUAUAUAAAGCCGCGCUUGGCAAUUGCUUUGAGGUGGAAGAUUGGGGGCCUAUUGAGUUUUGCAUUAUGGCUAAACAUUUUGAGCGACAGGGGAAAUCACCAUAUGCCUAUCAUGCACAAUACAUGGCUCAUCUUCUUUCACAUGGGGAGCUUGAUGGAAGUGGAUAAGUAGGUGGAACAACGACGUCCUAGCUUCUACUAAACACAGCUUGAUGGAAGCGGAUUAGACGGUGGAACAAUGACUUCCUAGUUGCUAUCGAACAGAGUAAUCAAGAUGUGUUCACCGGAGAAAUUUUCGAAGGACUGUACUGUACAACUGUGUUUUAUCUGAGAUGUUAUUUUCCUUGAGGAAAAUGGUUAUGUGAUAUAUUUUACAACUAGCAGAAUUAUUGAUCAUGAUUGUGCAGGGUAUUGGAAGCAGUUUUCAUCUUU